AUGGCUACCAGCACUGUAUACGAUCAAUAUUUUGCCUACGAGGCCCGACUUGCAUCAUUCCAAACAGCACAGCCACUUGCGAAACGCAGGACGUCAAACGCGAGUUCAAGGGCUCCUAAGACGAUGAAAUGGCCUCACAAAUCAAUGUCCCCAGAAGAGUUCGCCAACGCAGGCUUCUUCUAUUACCCUGGCCAAGCCAACCCAGAUAACGCUGUCUGCUUCUUAUGCCAUUACUCCCUCGACGGAUGGGAAGAAAACGACGACCCCCUUGUUGAACAUCUCAAGCACUCUCCAGAUUGUGGAUGGGCGAUUGUUGCAGCAAUCGGAAGGCAAGAUGAGGAGCUGAGCAGCGAAUACCCUUCUAGCACAAGGAUGAUUGCUGCCCGGAAAGCUACAUUUACAAAUAAAUGGCCACAUGAGGGAAAAAAGGGUUGGAAAUGCAAGGUCAAACAGAUGGUGGAUGCGGGCUGGAAAUAUACACCAACGGCUGAAAGUGAUGAUAUGGCAACCUGUACUUACUGCGAACUGGGAUUGGAUGGCUGGGAACCAUCAGAUAAGCCCUUGGACGAACACUUUAAUCGUUCCCCAGAAUGUCCUUUCUUCCAACUUAUCAACAAUCACAAACGAAGUCCUGCCGCGAAAAGAAACAAGAGAACAUCAAAAAUUUCUCGUCUCUCGACGCAAUCAUCGAUAACUGCGGCCUCGGAGGCACCCUCUUUUGCGGAUCUGCCAGCAGAGGAAGGAGAUAGCAUUCUCACCACGGCUACAAAUACCACAAGAAACAUGGGGAAAUCAAAGAAGGCACCUGCAAAGGGCCGGAAAACUAGAGCGAAAAAAGGCGAGCCAACUGAGGUGGUGGCACAUCCUGAACCGGAGGAUGAUGGCUUUGAAGUUCAGGUCGAUAUCGCACCAAAACUAGCUCGAGGGAAAAAGAGGAAGAGUGAACAAGAGGACAACAUGGCAGAUAUAACAAUGGAAAGUACUGCACCUCCACCGAAACGGCGUGCCACCAGAACCAGAGGCAGCGCCGCUGUGGAUGACUCUAUGGCGUUGACAGUUGAAGAUGUGCCACAUGCGAAUUCACAACCAAAAGCUAGAAAAGGCCGGAGCUCAACGAAGCCGCCACGGAAAGCCUCCAAUGCAUCUGUAGCACCUCUGAAGACGCUUGUUCCCAACGACGACGAGAUAGACGCGGCGCUGGAGGCAGAUCUGGAAAGGCAUCUAACAGAUGACGAGUGUCAGCUCUCUAAGUCUAUUGCACCUCCCAAGAAAGGUACCCGGCCGACUAGAGUUACGAAAGCAGAUCAUUCUAUGUUCGGGAUCGAGCCGGCAGAGAUCGAUGAAGCUGCAAUUGAAGCAGAACUUGAGGCCAUGGAGGUAGAUUCAAAACCGCUCCCAAAAGCCAAGGGUGCUAAGGGGAAAACACAGCGAAAGCCCUCUGCCAAGCAGCAGGCAGCUGCAAAGAAAGCUGCUGAAGCAGAGGCACAGAGAGAAGCUGAUGAAGAUGCCUCCCGGCAAAUUGCGGAUCAGUUGGAACAAAGCAUCUCUCUUCAUCACUCUUCACCUAUCAUUCAACCUAAGAGACAGAGGGCAACCUCUCGUCAGCCUACCCGAAAGGUAUCAGCUAGAACUACUGGGAAUUCGCGCUUGUCAAUGAACUCAGAUUUCAAUGCUUCGGUUGCUCCCCAUGAAGAUGAUCCUGGUAAUGAGACCGACGACAGCAUGGCCAGUCAGUCAACUGUUGUAAGAGGUGGCUCAAAUCGCCGAGGAAGCACAAUGAAGAAAGGCAAGAAAGCAGCUAGUAGGAAUAUCGAGGAAAUCCUCUACAAAUCGUCACAAACUACUUCCAUCACCCAGCCAGAAGCGUCCGGGAUACCUAUGAAUGGAAGGAUAAUGUCUCAGAGUGGGAUGAGUACUACAGAGGAGAAUUUCCACACGCCUGCUCCGGAAAGCGUGGAGGAAGAACCUAUCCGUAGCACGCCCAUAGUAGACGCACCAGAGCCCUCAGCCGCCGUAGAAACAUCAGACGAUGUUUCUAUACUCAAGAAUGGGUCAUCUUCGCAAUCUAAGACAAAAUCGGCCAAGGCCAAAGUCGUUGUUGAGUUACCUCGAUCACCAACUCCUCCUCCAAAAGAGUCAACACCCUCUGAAUCUCCUCAGUCUUCAGACGCCGAGAACCAUCCACCUUCCUCAAAACCUUCUGCAGCCACCAAGAAAAUCGCCACUCCUCAUUCCACUCGGAAGCGCUCUCCUUUGGCGGCCAUGACACCCGCCAUGUCGCCCUCUAAACGAAAUAUCAUGACAGGUCUACAAACCCUUCAUCCCUGGACAAGUGUUGAUCUAGACACUGUCUUGGCUAAUUCGCCCGGGGGCGAACACGGCGUUGGAAACCUGCGAGAUAUUCUUGGGGAGGAAAUGGAGAGGGCAAAGAGUGGCAUAUUGACUAGCCCGGAGAAGAAAAUGUCAGUCGAGGAAUGGAUUCAUUAUAAUGCCGAGUUAGCGGAGCAAAGACUGAAGACCGAGUGUGAGAGAAUGGUUAGUAGUUUUGAGAGUCAGGGGACAAGGGCCAUGGUGGCUCUUGAGGGUAUUGAAUGUCUCGACUAA